AUGGAUUGGCUUUCGACAGCGCCGGACCGAGCUUCACUGCUCACUAUGCAGCCCGACGACCCUAAGCGACGAGAGAUAAUCAUCAAGCGGGCUACUUCGGCCGACAAGACAGAGGAUAUGCGCAAGAGAUACCUGGAGACCGGCGAAACAAAGCCCCAGAUGCCUCGCAGAUUUUGUUACCUCAACUAUCAUUUCGCCGACAAAGAGGAAGUCAAGGAGUACCUCUCUGAACUCAUUCCGGAUUGGGAGGGCAGUGAGGAUGCCGACGUGCUGCGCCGAACGUUUCGAACCCUUGUUCACGAGAAGAGAGUCCACGGGAUUAACAAGAUCGUCUGCAUCGGCAUCGGCACCCUAGUCCAUGACAUCGACGACGAUGAUCUUGAGGAAUUCGAGCUGGGAUUCCGAGUCGACGUUAGGUGCUGCCUCCAGCACGUGGCGGCCAACUUUCUCGCCGCCGUACUGAGAGAACAGUCCCCGAACGGACCAGUCCGAGUCUACGCAGUGGACUACGCAUACAACCUGGAUGACAAGGAGAUACUGAACGACAUGGGCAUUGAAGUGUUGCCCCACGAGCACGGAAACUAUGAGAGCUACGUGAGGAUAGACAAGGACACCCUCGUGAUGUCUAUCGGGACUGGAGGCGGGAUUUACCAGGUCAUAUGCGAGACUACUCAGCCUGCUGCCAUGAUAUGGACUUGGUUCAAUGCCAGCAUACCUCGUAACGGUGAAGACUUAUCCGUCGUACGUAAGGUCCUGCGGGAGGAAUACGAGGUGGUGGACUGCCCCCCCUUGAGCGUACGUGAUGCUGAGGAGGCCUUUGCGCCCCUUUCGGAGUCUACCUUGUUCGUCCGCGCGAAGUAA